CUUGUGGGCUGCAGGAGGACUUUGGCUUUUACAAGUGAGGUGGGAGUCAUAGAGGCUUCUGAGCAGAGGAAGAAUAUGAUCUGACUUGUGCUCACAGGCGCCCUCUGGCUGCUGCAGGGGGAACAUACUGUGGGCGGCGAGGGUGGGAUCCAGGGUACCAGGGCAGAGACGACUGCACCAGGAAGAUGCCCAUCCAGAGCGGGAAAAGUGCAUAGAUUCCGACUGUAAAGAGGUAAGACAAAGAGACAGUUAAAGCUGUCUCCAAAUGAAUGCAUUUAAAGGAUUCAUUCUUUAUUUCCAGAAAUGUUUAUUGAGCACCUACUGGGUGCCAGGCACCAUUCUGGCUUGAGGACACAGCAAUGAGCAAAGCAGUAAACAUCCUUUGGGUGCUGCCCUUGGAAUGUUGACAGCAUCGCGGGGCAGACAGAGGAAGCAAGAUAAAUUUUAAUGUAGGGUCAAGGGGCAGUACAUUUUAUGCAAUAAAACGCAGCAGAGGGGCGAGCCUUGGGGAGUGAUAGGGGCUGCACAUUGUAGGUUGGGUGGACUGGGCAGAACUGGGGAUACAUUUUGACGCGAGAGCUGUUAUCAGGAUUGGUUGAUAGAUGGCGUAUGUAGGUGGAAAUGACAGAACCUGGUGCCUGGGUGUGAAGAUGAGCUUUGAAGGGACACCCACAUAAAUACCCUCUUCUGUUGAAUGUUCAUUGUUUUCCCCCAUCUUAGGUUGGGUUCCUGAGAAGCAGAACCCAAGACAGGGAUUUGGAGCACAUGACUAAUUACCCUCUUCCAAAGCCCAGAGGAAGGCUGGCAGCUGUACACCUCGGCCCAGGCUCCCGACGGAAAAUGCAUCUGCACGGCCGUGAUCCCCGCGCAGAGCACCUGCUCCCGCGAUGGCCGGAGCCGGGAGCUGCGGCAGAUGAUGGAGAAGGUUCAGAACGUCUCCCAGUCCAUGGAGGUCCUUGAGUUGCGGACGUACCGUGACCUCCAGUACGUGCGAAGCAUGGAGACCCUCAUGCGGAGCCUGGAUGCGAGGCUCCGGGCGGCCGACGGGUCCCUUUCGGCCAAGAGCUUCCAGGAGAUGAAGGACAGGAUGACGGAGCUGUUGCCCCUGAGCUCGGUCCUGGAGCAGUACAAGGCGGACAUGAGGACCAUUGUGCGCCUGCGGGAGGAGGUGAGGAAUCUCUCCGGCAGCCUUGCAGCCAUCCAGGAGGAGAUGGGCGCCUACGGCUACGGGGACCUGCAGCAGCGGGUGAUGGCACUGGAGGCCCGGCUCCACGCCUGUGCCCAGAAGCUGGGCUGUGGGAAGCUGACGGGGGUCAGUAACCCCAUCACCAUUCGGGCCAUGGGGUCCCGCUUCGGCUCCUGGAUGACUGACACGAUGGCCCCCAGUGCGGAUAGCCGGGUCUGGUACAUGGAUGGCUAUUACAAGGGCCGGCGGGUCCUGGAGUUCCGUACUCUGGGAGACUUCAUCAAAGGCCAGAACUUUAUCCAGCACCUGCUGCCCCAGCCGUGGGCAGGCACGGGCCACGUGGUGUACAAUGGCUCCCUGUUCUACAACAAGUACCAGAGCAACGUGGUGGUCAAGUACCACUUCCGCUCGCGUUCCGUGCUGGUGCAGAGGAGCCUCCCUGGGGCCGGCUACAAUAACACCUUCCCCUACUCCUGGGGUGGCUUCUCGGACAUGGACUUCAUGGUGGACGAGAGUGGGCUCUGGGCCGUGUACACCACCAACCAGAACGCAGGCAACAUCGUGGUCAGCCGGCUGGACCCGCACACCCUCGAGGUCGUGCGGUCCUGGGACACCGGCUACCCCAAGCGCAGCGCCGGCGAGGCCUUCAUGAUCUGUGGCGUGCUCUACGUGACCAACUCCCACCUGGCCGGGGCCAAGGUCUACUUCGCCUACUUCACCAACACGUCCAGCUACGAGUACACAGACGUGCCCUUCCACAACCAGUACUCCCACAUCUCCAUGCUGGAUUACAACCCCCGCGAGCGGGCCCUCUACACCUGGAACAAUGGCCACCAGGUGCUCUACAAUGUCACCCUCUUCCACGUCAUCAGCACCGCUGGGGGCCCCUAGGGGCUGCCGUCGUCGCUCACGCAGCCACACGAGGGCCACGGGAGCCCUUUCUACUCCGCCUGUGUCCUUCCAAAUUUAUCUUUCUGUCUCUGUCCUGCCCUCUCUCUCUCUCUCUCCCCCUCUCCCCUCCUGUACUGUUUUUUCUCCCUCCACCUUUGCGCCCAGCUUUCAUUCUCUGCUUCUGUUGUCAGUGCGUUUUCUCAGUAUUGUCUCUUCUUUAUUGAUCUCUGAUUUUGAUACUUCGCUUUCUUUUUAUUGAGGCCUCUCUAUCUUUUAUUCGAUGUGACUCUCCAGCUAUCUCUGCCUGUCUCUCUCCCUCCCUCCCUUCCCUCUUUGCGUCCCACUCAGUCCUCCUCCUCCUUGGCUUCACGUCCCCUCCUCCCGACCCAAGGAGUUGAGUGCAUGGAUGUUUAUUUUAUUUACACCUUUUCUUUCCGGGUUGCUGGAAUAAACGGGACCUUUGACAUUUCA